AUGGCGCGGAAGUACGAGUACAGCGUUCGGGUGCAACAGCUGUCUGGCAAGCUCAUCGGUGAAGUUCAGCUGCCUGAAACUGCUCGAGUUGAAGACAUCCUGGAAGCUGUGCCGCACGAAUCCGAAAACCCAUCUUUGAAGAGGGUUUUAGUGUUUAAAGGACGGUCGCUUGAAGAGUCCGAAGUUCUGUGCCAGCUUGGCGUGCAAGCUCCAGCACUCCUGGAGAUGCAGCAAGUCGUGCAGUCCUGGCGCACAGAGCGAAAGGCGUCUCUACCAGAAGCAUGCCGAACCAUGCAUCUUGGACUCUUUGGAGAGCACAGGGCUGGCAAAACAAGCCUCCUCUACAGGUAUUGCCAUGAUACAUUCAAUGAUCGCACGAUGAUGCACUCCAUAGGGAUUGACUUCCAGGUUGCGAGGGUGAUGGCCCACGAUGUCCCAGUGAAAGUUAUGCUUUGGGAUCAGCCUGCAGGGAAGGAGCGUUUCCGAACAAUAACAUCGGUCUAUUUCCGCAGGAAAGAGGCCAUUCUCUUGGUCCUCGACUUGACGAACCCAAGAUCCCUUCUUGACAUCACCGAUUGGCUUCGCUUUCCGGAAGCUCAGGCCAUUCCCACAAAGUUGCUGAUCGGGAACAAGGCCGACCUUGUGGAGUGCAGAAAGAUCUCUCGAAAAGAAGCAGAGCAAUACGCUCGCGAGAAUGGAAUGACUUACUUCGAAACCUCUGCCAAGGAAGGCACCGGUGUUGGAGAAGCCAUAGACUAUGCAAUUUUUGAUGUCCUUGCAAAGGAAAUUAGGCCGCAGCCUGUGGUCCCAGAGACGCGCCGAGCAUCCAAUUCGAGGUGUGCACUGCAGUAA